UUUGGUUUGAUUUCGGGUUUGUGUUCAUUCUCAUUCAGCACACGGCUCUGAAAAUAACACAAAAAACGUUCAACCAAUUUGAGACACAAAAUUUAUUGGAACUAUAAAUACAAAAUAUUUAUAAUUUUUUGAAUCUCUUGUGCUAGCUCGUCAAAACACAUAAAUCUUUCGUUCAUUACUCAGAUAUACAUAAAAUAAAUUCUUAGAAGAAUGGGUGACGAUGCAGCUGCCGAACCAGCACCUGCUCCAGCUCCAGCACCAGCAGGGACAACCACCGCGGGCGCAUUUAUGGUCGGCAGCAAUGUUUGGUUGACUGCAGGAGCUGUGAUCGCCUUCUCGACCUAUGCCUUGUGGGUUGAGCUGCGGAAAAUGGCUACAAAAUCGAAGUUACUCAAAGAUACUGCGGAGCCCGAGGAGGGAGGGACAAAAACGGACAAAAACAUUUCCAUAACGCACUGCGAGGAAUAUCAACUAGACGAGUCGGGAUCACUUCAAAAACAAAUCACAGGCAUUCAUUCAUUAUAGCUGUAACAUGUUCAGGACGGGGACACACACACACACACCACACACACAUACACACAGGCAAACUUGUGGUUCUUGAAGAAUUGGAAGGCAACAACUGAUGCGUUGGAAUACUUGCGAUUUUAGGGGGAUCGCAAGUUAAUUCGAACGCUCAACCUUCUUGAGAUGAAUCAAAUCGCAUAAAAACAAUGUAUUUUGCUGCUGUUAGAUUGUUGAAUUGUUUGUUGCUUGCGGUACCUGACGAGUAAGGUGCUAAACUAAUAAAUGGCGUUCAAAUUUGAA